AUGAACGAGGGCCCCCUUACCCGUGCUUGCAAAGUGCUUUACUUUGACAUGCUAAAUGAAAAUGUGGAUUUAAUGAAUGCAGAGGGGACACAGUGGGAUGAAGACCUUAUAUACCAAAUCUUCACACCAUCGAAGCCUCAUCUAGUCCUCGCUGUUGCUUUUGUUAGUGAUGAUCUUAGGCUUCUUUAUGGCCUGGCUUGGUCUUGCAGGGAGAAAUCGUGGUCUGAUAAUACCCUCAGCCACUUCUCUGUCAAAAAGCUGAGUGAUAAGGUCAGAAUUCCAGGUGGUUCCAUCAUUAAGCAGCAGCUGAUUAACCAUAGUGCAGAAGGUUUGAAUGCCAUUUUUGAAAGAGAUUCUGUGCAAUCCUAG